AUGCAACACAAUGAUACAAGUUCAAAUAAUUUAUUUACAAAUAUUGAACGGUUAGGUACACGUGAUUUAUUAUCCUAUGGACAAUUUUCAUAUGAUAUUAUAUUAACAUCAAUCCAAAAUAAUAUUGUUAUUGAACUUGUUGAAGAAUUAUAUGCACAUACAAAACAAUCAUCAACAUUAGCAUAUGAAGCAUUACUUUUAUUACCUAAAAUUAAUGAAUGGACUUUAUUAUCAAUGACAAAUACUGCACAAAGAAAAAUCACUAUGUUUUUAUUGAUGUUAUCACGUUUCAGUGUUCGUUUCGAAGAAUCAGGCAAUCGUUUAUUUCUUAUUGCUGAUCGAAAAUAG